UACACUCCACUACGGGCUGCGUCUUGUCGGUGCUCAACGUUAUGCCCCCAUUAGCUUCCUCUCGCAAAGUGGCAGCUUCAAGAAGUUCGAAGCCCAGGACUGCUGUCCCAUCUUCUCAUGAACUCGCCGAAAAGCCAGGGGACGGUCGAACAACAUCCAAAGCGAAGGGAAAGCAGAAGGCGAAAGACGAAUCUCCGGAAAAACGAAAGAUUUCUGCAAUGCUUGAUGUAAAUACAUCUCUACAGACCCUAUCAUCAGUGGCACAAUCCGGCUGGAAGGCAAAUUCGGAGGAGGGGAGAACAAAGUCGAGCGCGUUCAACAAGGUGUCAGCUGCUGUCUCUUGUGCAAAUGAAGCUUUGUCGUGUCUACGUGUUAUAUGUUCGGAUGAUCUCGACGUGGAGCGCGCCGCAUCAAGUAUGAUGAGCAAGCUACUUGUGUUGGAGAUGUACGAUACAGCCCUUCCUUUUCUGAGCAAUAUGCACGGUCGUUUUCUUGCUUUGCUUAGAGUACCCGACCACAGAGUACCAGUCCACUCUUCUUCUACCUCAAAGUCGCCGGUUCACCUGCUUUCCCUCCCGCUGCCAACAAUAUUGCCGCCAGCAGACACCAUGCUCCUCACGCUUAUCUCAACGUAUCUAAUGCACUCAAUAACUUUACUCGCGCAUCUCGCGAUAUCCUCAUCGUCAUCGACCACCCCGGACUUGUUCUCUGCAGCCCUACUAGAAUCCGGCACAAUCUUGACAUGGAUGCCUUGUUGUGUAUCCUUGCCCAGCAAGCAUAUAGACACUGUGCUCACACGGACAUACAGCGUACUGACGAAAUCAUGCUCCUCAAUUUCCGCUAGCUCGCGCUCGACCUUCCUCAUCCGCAUGUAUGCACUCAGGUGCCUUCUCUGCACGAGCGUUGGAACUGUUCAGCCAAACACCUUCUGGGAACAAGUUCAAAAGUCGUGCGCUGCGUACGUUAAAUCCUCUUCUCCCAUGUCAGAAGCGGAGGAACUCUCCGUCGCAAGGCUGGUAUCAGAGUCCCUUGGUGAAGUUGUACAGAUCGCACAGUCCAGAUCAUCGUUCGUGGAGGGAAAGUCGUUUGUCCUGCUCUGCGAAACGUGGACAAGCUUUGCGAAACGCAGCAACGAUUUGUGCACCCUUGACCGCAUAACAGACCUGAUGGGGCCGGGAUCUACGUCUUGCUCGUCGGCUGAGGUUGACAAUCUAGCCGACAAUAUCAGUAAACUUAACAUCUCUGCUCCUUCGCCCAAGGACAAAGACACUGUUGUUCUCGAGUGUGCAAGAGCCUGUGCAGUAUUGACCAAAGUCACUGCAUCCCUGGAUGCGCACUCCGAUGGAACAGAUGACUUCUCCAAACGAGUUCACGAUGCAGCGAAGUUUCUCCCUGGAAUUGGGAGCCUUUUGUAUUUCGCGACCGAACCUAAUGAUGAGCUGCAUCGUGCGCAGGGAAAGCUCCAACGGACCCUAGAGAGGCUCAGACGAGCUUGCAUCAAGGUCUUGGACGCAGAUUCAAAAGAUCAAAGCCACGCAACAAUUUCGCUGUUGACGGCGAUCUCAACUACCCUGGAAGGGACUUUCAAGCAGAACCCGAAUAAGGACAUCUUGACCGCGUCUCUCGAUUCACUAUUUAUCCUAGCACGCAUGCGGCUUAAAUGCAACGAUCCCGACACUUACACGCCUACUCUUGACCUCCUCAACCAUACCAUAGUCCUUGUGGACUCCACCCCAGAUCACGCGAACGCCAUCCCGGUUUCCGCGCGUGCCAACUACAUUCGGUGCAUCUCCGGGGCGUAUCACAACAUGGCUGGCAUGUUGUAUCAAAGUUCCAAGUACGGGGGCGCGGUACGUUUUUUGAAGGAAGGAUGUCUACUUGGUGCACGUGCACUUCGCAUGCGAGCGGGCGCAAUGGAGGACAGCCCAGAAGAUGAACGGGAAGAAGGGUGGAAACAACUCGAAGAACAGAUGUUUCGGAGAUGGGAGCUGCUUUCAGUGUGUUAUUCGAAGAUGGGGGAUCGAAAGCUCGCGUGUGACGGGCUUGUGGAAAGCGUCAAAGCCUUUCCAUACGGUUCAUCUGGCCUAGAGCACCUGGCUAGGUCAACCACGCCAAGCCAUGCAUUCAGCGCGAAUCCGAGCUCGAAACAGCUUGGUGGGAUCGUUGACAGGCUAACUUACGCAGCGACUUGCGAACUUUUUCUUCCUCCGACUGAAGUCAGCCUGCUUACCGUACUGAAGUCAGGUGCUAUUAGCGAUGAAGUCUUAGGUCUGCUGCUCGAGCGCCAGAUUUCGACCCUUGAACCUUGCAUUCGGAAAGACGGCGUAGAAAUCAUUGUGCGUGGGCUGUUGCAAGAUGCUUUGUCAGUGUACAAGGCCGCCGUUCUUCCGUUGCCAAGGGUUAGAAUCCUCUUGAAGUGCAUGGAGUUUUUGUGGAGGGAUGGGAAUGCUAACGGUGGAGAGACUCGCUGGACCGCGGAGCAUCUCGGUGAAGAAAUUCUGCAUUUGCUCGCUGUGGAGGACCUUGUGCACGACUCCGCCUUUGAUACAUUACGCUUUCAGUACACUGUAGCGGUUCAUCUUUGGUUGAGCCUCUUCGCAUAUCGCAGUGCAGGGUCACCAAUGACUUCGGCCGUUUCAUAUCAUGUAGAGGAGGCGUGCAACAUCCUGCGUGGGCUCAUUCCUGACUCUCCGACUGAUACAAAUUCAAAGACGAAGCGAUCACCACGUGCAAAGAAGUCACCUAAGGAAACUGUUCCUGCGAAGAAGCCGACGAGAGCUAUGAGCGUACGUACGACGAACAAGACCAGAGUGCAGAAUCCCGUUACACCACGUCCGCGUAAAGCUCUCGAGAAUGUGUCGAAUGUCAUUCAAAGCACGCCGCCGAAGCAGGCUGGUGCCACGAUUGAUUUUCAGAAAGUGGUCAUCGUGUUCGACCUCGAAACAAUUAUCGGUCAACUUCAAAUGAACAUCCAUUUGCUUGGACUUCUUGGUCUGGUCUUGCAGAAGAUCAAGCUUCUGGAGGCUCUGAAGCGUAUCUGCGAGCGUCAACUCGGCUUAUCCGCUGAUUUAUACAUCAUUAUCUGCGUUGAUCUCGCGUCAGAAUAUGUUAAACUGGGCAAAACGAAGCGGGCCAAUUCCAUUUUUGCACGGAGUUCGGCGGUGAUGAAAUCAAGUGAUGUUUCUGAUGAAGUACGUAUCAGUUAUUUGCUCAGAUAUGCAGAGAUUUUGGCCCUUGGAAACAACGUUCUUGGAAGUGCUUCCUCCUACUGUGAAGCCAUGGGUUUGUCAGAAGCGUCUCUACCCGAAGACAAAUCUCUACCGACUGCUGAACGGAUAAGGCUACGUGCUGGACGACUCGAGCGGGCAGCGAUGGCUUGCAGAGUCUCCGCAGCUAUCCAAUACUCCAGGAAUAAUGUUGUCGGUGCUUUAGAAUGCACGUUGCAGUCGUUGCGACUGUGGAAUCGUGCCGUGGACACGCUUUCUCGAUUAAACCAGCCUUCCUCCAAACCCACCAAGGCAACGGAUGACUCGAACCCGUUUGAGGCUACUCCUACAGAAUCAUCAUCCGCCCACGAUAUCCGGGCCACCGAUCAUCCGAGAUCAUUAGGUCAGAAACGUCUCAUGGACGGGAUGGAGUGGCGAAUGGUUGAAGAACUACUUUCAACACUACUGACACUCACUCAUGCCUACUUCACUCGUGGCUCUUCCCGCGAAGCCGAGUACUUUGCUCAGCAAGCACAGGACCUCGCCGAGUCCGUAAACGCCCCGACCAUGGUUGCUCGUGCGCUGAUGCGCAAGGGUGAGAUUCAAUUGUACCAAAAACAACUAGGUACAGGAAGGGACAGCUUGGUCAAGGCUGCGGAGUUGCUGCAAGAUAUGCCAGGUGUGGAUGCAGCCGAUAUGAGACGGCUGAACGGAUAUUGGAAUUGCUUGAAUGAGCAAGCCCAGGACGCCAGGGACCUUUACGAAGAGGCAUCCGCGAUGCUUGGGGCCCUCGAGGAAAUGUUGGCGUCCUUUGAUGGCAGUCGCCGGAAAUCCAGCGUAACACUUUCACCACAAGCCGCCUUAGCUACCGCCGGACAGGGUGCAGUAGUCCCUACCUUGUUGUCUGACAUUCUCCGCCGACACAUCUGGCUAUUGCGCGAUGAUGGAGAUGCUUCGAUCAAGGAUUUGAUAGAGCGUCUAAUGGCUUUGCCCACUUCACAAGACACAAAAGGAGAAGAGCAUGCACUCAUGGGGAAACUUACCCUGCAUAGUGUCUACGACCAAUUCCGUUCAGAUAUGUUCCUGAGCUCCUUGGCUGAAUCUACGAUCGCAUUACCGAUGGGCAUGACAAGCGACCGAGCUGUAUCGCUUACACCUUCGACCCAAGAUAUCUUGAGUGCUCUGGACCACGCAGAGAAACUCUUUUGGGCUGACCUCGCACUCACCGCGGAUCGGGGUCACGUCCCCCACGUCCGCGAAGCGACUAUAAACCUUGCACUCAUUAAGGCACUUCAGACAUCCCUUGGUAAAGGGGAAAAGGAUGGACCCAUCAUUGCUGCGCGGCUUCUUGAUGCGUCAUCCGCAAUUACUCUACGCCGCGAAAUGCUAGAGACUAUCCAGCAUAAAUUCCCCAGCGUGCAGGGCGAUGAUCUUGAAUGGCCCCUUAUGACGCCCAGCGGCUCCCCGCUACCUCGGAAGAGUCCAUCGAACUUUCGGCGGCUGAGGACCAUCAGCGCUGAGGAGGAGGCAUCUGAUGACGACAACGAUUCGAAGGUGAACAUGAAGGCGUACUGGGAGACUAUCCGCAAGACGUAUGCAGAACAAACUUCAGACGCUUCCUUGCUAUCGACUACGGCCAUGUCACAGCUUCCGCCUCAUUGGACAGUAGUGCAUAUCAGCCUCACGCCUGAUAAGAGUACUCUCUUUAUCUCUCGGCAGAAUGUCUCUUCUGAGCCGUUGAUGUUCUGUGUGCCUCUUAAAGGGCGACGCGAAUCAGACGGAGACGAACACCUCACGUUCGACGACGCAGUGAAGGAGCUUGCUGAGAUUAUCCGAUUAAGCGACCAAGGGACACGCAAUGCCGUUAACGUACGAAAUGAUGACCCGCAAGCAAGAUCUGCUUGGUGGGCGGAGCGCAACAAUUUAGAUAAAAGGUUGCAAGAGCUGCUAGAGAACAUUGAAUUUUGCUGGUUGGGUGCAUUCAAAACCAUCCUCAGUCCUGUGUCACCUAUAUCGGCCGAACUCAUCGCCGACCUCGGCAUUCGUCUCGAGAAGGUGUUCAAGCGCAUCCUUCCUCCCCCAGACAAGAAACAGAAGCAGUCCCCCCGCUUGUCUGAUGCGCUCCUCAAUUGCUUCUCAUCCCUGAGUCCGAGGUGUCGUGAAGAAGAGCUUGAAGACUUACUAUUCUUCAUCCUUGACCUAUACACAUUCCAUGGCAUUCCGGUCGCCAUCGCAGAUAUAGACGUAGAUCAGGUAACAGUGGAUAUUCGAUGUGCGUUGGAGGAGCAUGCCACCUUCAAGAACAAGCGAGGGAAGAUGAACUCAGCUAGUGUGGAUGACUCUCACAUAUUCCUCGUCCUGGAUCACAAUGUACAGGGCGUUCCUUGGGAGUCGAUACCGGUCUUGAGGGGCCAGAGCAUGAGCCGCAUCCCGAGCGUAUCGUUCUUGCUCGAUCGUGUUCGGCUUGCGUCUGCAGAGAACCGAUCAGGGGGUGCUGUAGAUCGAAUAUCCGUGGAUCCACGCAAGACGUUCUUCGUGCUCAACCCCAGUGGAGACUUGAAAGGUACUGAGGGGCGGUUCAAACCAUGGCUUGAACAGAUGCGGAGUGUAGGCUGGGAAGGCGUCAUUGGACGUCCACCAAGCGAACAGCAAUUCUUGGAUGCCCUUGCAAGGAAAGAUCUCGUAGUGUAUUUCGGGCAUGGUGGAGGUGAACAAUACGUGCGGUCACACAAAAUCCGUCAUUUGCCACGCUGUGCGGCGACGAUGCUAUGGGGUUGCUCCAGUGGGUCGUUGAAGGAGAUGGGUGAUUUUGACAGAGUAGGCACCCCGUUCAAUUACAUGCUUGCUGGAUGCCCUUUACUAGUGGCGAAUCUUUGGGAUGUAACUGAUCGCGAUAUCGACAAGUUCUCACAGGCAGUUUUUGACUCGCUGAGAUUGACACCGACUCGUAGCGGGGAGCAGGGUAUGUCGGUAGUCACGGCAAUUGCACAAGCCCGAGAGGCAUGCAAACUCAAGUAUCUCACUGGGGCCGCGCCAGUUGUUUAUGGGAUUCCGUUCUACUUAUAAUGAACAAUGCCGCGCACUUAUAUUCUCUCUGCUCCACUCGCAUUUUGUUCUACAAGCUUAUCUACAAUAUAUAAGCUGGCAUAACCAGCGGUUCCGUGGCUAUUGCGUCCACCCCAUCAUGCUAUGCUGACGCGCGUUUUUCUGUUGGUCUGUACCAAUGAUCUGAAUAAUUCGCGUAAUGCUGUAUGGCGCGAGUUGAUAAGUACCAGCACUGUUUCUCUGUGUUUUUCCUAUUUACGC